AUGUAUUCUGUGACUACAAGUGUUGAGGGUGACUGUUACCUGUGUGUACCGCCUGACCCGGGCAUUGAGGCCACUGCUCUAGGUGCUGGUGAGGCUGCUGCUCUAGCUGCUAGUGCGUCUGCUGCCCCAGGUGCUAGUGCGUCUGCUGCCCCAGGUGCUGGUGAGUCUGCUCUCUCAGGUACUACGUCGGCUCAGGCCUUCCACACCUUCACCCUUGACUCGGGUCUCAACCUCCCCUCGUUCUCUACGAACUUGGUGAGUGGAGCGGACCUACAGGAUAGGGGGGUUGACCAGUUCACUCCUGCAAGUCAGCGGGUGACCCACUUCACGUGUGCUCGGACAGGCCGACACUUGGCCACGUUCACCCGUCGGCCAAGGUCGAGCCUGUACACCCUUACUACUGACUCUCCUCCGGCUGCUGAGUCUGGCUAG